AUGUCCCACAGUGACAGUGAAAUCAGAGAUGAAAAGAGACAUAAACGCAGAAAUCACUUAAAUGUAAAAUUUAAGAAGGCAAAACAUAUACGUUCCCAGUUAGAAAGGGAAACGUUUAGAAAGCUUAAACUUAAAUUGGGUCCAGUAUUAGAAAUCAGACUAAUACAUGCUGUAAACACUAACAAUGUUGACAAAGUUAGAGAUCUUUUAGAAAGAGGGGUAAGUCCAAACAGUGCAGAUUCAGAAAAACGUAGUGCUUUACAUGUAGCAGUGAGCAAAGCAUAUUCAGAAAUUGUUGAAUUGUUACUAAAACAUGGAGCAAACCCGAACAGCAGAGAUAUCAUUCAAAAUACACCUUUGCACUUAGCAGCCUGUGUUCACAAUUUAUCAAUUGUAACCAUGUUGAUCAAUGCAAAGGCAGAUGUUACUUGCUUAGAUUUACAUGGCCGUAAUCCAUUCCAACUUGCUUUGAGUAAAUUACAAAUAUUAAGAAAAAGUUGGAAUGAUGGCACCAUUGAAAUGAUCAAUUUAAAGCAGGAGUUAAAGGAUGUUGUAGACUUACUUUUAUCCAUGCUCUUAAGAAAUGUGGAACAAUCAAUGGAAAAUAUGAAUAAAUCAGAGGUGGAUGAUUUACAGUUAAUGAAGUUGUCAAUAAAUUCAGACCCUCCAGAAGAACUAGAUAACCAAAUGUCCAGGUUAAUGUGUGGCAUAGAAAAAUUCACAAUUGCAUAA